AUAAUAAUAAUAAUAAUAAUAAUAAUAAUAAUAAUAAUAAUAAUAAUAAUAUAUGUUAUUUGUAAGCAUCUUUCUUGAUACCCAAGGUCCCUUUAUGAGAAAAACAAAUACAACAGAACAGACAAAAACCAUACAUAAAGAAGAGGCAAUUAGAGAGAAUAAAUAGUCGAUGUAAAAGAUAAAUUACCAAAAGCAUUUCUACCAAGUUUUUGUGCUGCAGUUUUGAUGUAUAAUCAGCACAAAAUAUUGUUUUUUUUCUCAUGUUGAUUACAAAUAAUCAUGAUUAAAAUCAAUGUCUUAAAAAAAAAAACAUCCUGGAAUAUCAUUAGUACACAACAUAUCUACAGUUCAUAUACAUAAACAGUAGGGUUGCAACUAUAAAUGAUGAUAAUAUGAAUAAUUCAGACAAUAUCUUGUCAAUCAACUGGUUAAGCAUUUAGUCUAAGUCACAGAGACACAGUGUUUUAUGAAUGAAUUUUCUACUUCUCUCUACAUUCCAAACCCCUUUGAGUAAUGUAAUUAAAAAAUACUAACUCUGUCCACACAAACUAGUAAUCCUGUUUAAUUUUUUUGUUUAAAUAUAUCUGUAAUUAGUCAAAUCUUGCUCCCAAUGGAGUGCCAGUUCAAUGCAAAACAUGAAAGUUGUUGAAAACGCGCUAUGAACCUGACGUUUUUAUGGCAUUCCUCUCCCUCUCAUUUGCAUUCUCGCUCAGUCACAGAUCAGAAAAGUCUCCGUUAAGCGUCACCUCUAACAGCCCAUUUAAACAUCUUUAAAAUGGAAUGUAGAUGUUGCGUUGCUGCCCUUCCACCCUCUGUCCCAUCCCAUCUCUCCCUCCCACUCUGACUCAUGUCAUCAGAGCACUUAAUAGCGUAUCCUAUCCCCCCCACUCCGCUGAACCUCUGUGCCCCAAAUGCCACCAGAGACGUGUUCCUAUGGAAACUGGCUUCAGUUAAAGUCCCCAGUUUUACCUUGUCGUCAUUAACUGGUUUGUAUUGUGCGUGCUGCAACACUUUUCACCUGCACUCUGCCUCCGCUGGUCUCCCGUUCAUUACAGGUUAUCAGCCUUUUGCACUGAGAGGUAAACUUCACAGAUGAUGCUCUGCUGGCUGGUGGGUGUUGUUGGUUGGAAGCCAAGGACACCUGAAGACAGACACACACACCAGACACAAAAAUAUAAUCUACACUUACAGCACACACACAUACAGAUACAGUGUGUAUCACUGAACUACCGUUCAAAAGUUUAGGGCACUUAGAAAUGUCCUUAUGUUUGAAAGAAAAGCAAUUUCUUAAAUGGAGAUGACAUUAAAUGAAUCAGAAAUCCAUUCUAGACAUUGUUAAUGUGGUAAAUGACUAUUCUAGCUGGAAACGGCAGAUUUUUAAUGGAAUAUCUCCAUAGAGGUACAGAGGAACAUUUCCAGCAACCAUCACUCCUGUGUUCUAAUGCUACAUUGUGUUAGCUAAUGGCAUUGAAAGGCUCAUUGAUGAUUAGAAAACCCUUGUGCAGUUAUGUUAGUACAUGGAUAAAAGUGUGAGUUUUCAUGGAAAACAUGAAAUUGUCUGGGUGACCCCAAACUUUUGAACGGUAGUGUAUAUACUCUUAUUUUGAAGAGGUGAAAUUAUUUCAAAACUGAGUGGAUUCACUAGUUUGAAAAGAUGGAAUGUAAAUAUUGUAUAUAUAGAUAGGACCAAAGCAAAAAGUAGCAACCUCCUGCAGGCAUCCACUUGUAUUUGUCAUCUGCUUUGUGUUACCAGUAUUAUAAUAUAAUGAGCUUAAGCAUAAAUACAAAUAAGGGGCAUGAUUUUCUUUGUAUUUCUGGAAAGAGAGUUUUGUAAUUUAAGACUUAAUGCUUUUACUUGGUCACAGAGAGCCAGUUGUCAGAAAGAAAUCAGACGGUAUUUGAAAAGGUUUUUAGAAAUAUAAAGGAGCUAGAUGUGUCAUUUAUUGGGUAUGAGUACAAAUACGAAAAAAACCCUGAUCUAUGACUACGUGAGAAUGCAAAUCUGGGUAUGCUUGUUAGGUAGCUGAGAUGUUGUUACAACAAAUAUGUUAACAUUAGUGAUAUAAAUCAGCAUCAGUAAUUUACAUAUCAGAUCAUGUAUAUGGAGCUGUAGAAAUUACACAUGUACAAAAAUAGUCCACUGACGACAACAGGCUGUAAUAUUAACGGAUUUAUACAUCUUCAGUAACUUCAAAGACAAAAACAGAAAACAAAGGGGAUUUUUCUCACUUUUCAGUUUUGUGAGGUGUGAAAAAAAUCACCAGAAACAGAAACAGAGCUGUCAACCACAGCAUAUAAAUAAAUCAUGUUAUAAUAAAAUGGAUUGUACUACACUACUUUCCUUAAUGUCUGGCUCAAGCUUGACAGACUGUAAAUACAUCUGCAACACCUGGUUAAAGAGGCUCAUCAAGGUAUCUGCACACUCUACCUAGAAUUAUGUCAUGGAGAUGAAACUGCAGAGUUCUACAACUGUGGAGCUACACAACAACAUGUAACAUCUCCUGUGUGAAAAGACAACGCCUUCAUGGCUACAUACAUUCUCAAGAGUCACGGCUUCUCAUGAUGUUUACCAGAAUCAGGUCAGGAUUGUGUCUCAAUCCACAUUUUCUCUCACUAAAACAUUAUGCAAGAGCCAAACUAGGCCCAAAGUGUAACAUUUAAGAAUAUGGAAAAAUUAAAUGUGAUGAAAAAAACAAGACAUGUCAUGUAUUGUAUGUUUUCAUAGUAUGUAUCUGCACCCAACCAGCAACUCCCAGCACCUUUUCCCCAUUUCAGAUGCUCACAAUCAGAAGUUCUUACUUCAUAAUCAGCCAUCACUGCCUGCUUUUGUUUCUCUUUGUUUCUCCAGCAGUGGUCUUCUCAGUGGCCUAAGCACCAUCCUCACUGUGGAGAUCUGAUGUUUGCUAGCAGAGCAGAGUCUGGCCUCCCACCGUGGCCCUUUACCAGUGACCACUGGUGCCAUGGGAACAAGUAGAUCCAACAGGUACAGCAUUGUGUCAGACAUCUUACCAGAGGAGGAACGUCAGAAGAUCUCUAGCUUAGGACUCCGUAACGGCCACAGUUCACCCAACAUCAGAGUACGCUCAUCCUGUGACUCAGAAGACAGUAGGAGGAGGUCGGGAGCCUCCGCUGUCCUGCCCGGCACAAGGGGACAAGGAGGGAUGAACAACUACAACGGGAAGAUUCUGACAAGGGGCUCCACCCAAGUACGGAGCCGGUUUGUGAAGAAAAAUGGACAAUGCAAUGUUGUGUUCACCAACUUGGAGGAAAGAAGGCAGCGGUACCUAGCUGACAUCUUCACUACCUGCGUGGACAUCCGCUGGAGAUACCUGCUGCUUAUAUUCUGCUGCAGCUUCAUGGUCUCCUGGCUGCUUUUUGGUAUCAUCUUCUACAGUGUCUCCCUGGCACAUGGAGACUUUGCAGAGCACCCUACGCUCAAGGGUGAUGGCUUGGCAGUGGGAGGGCUGCAUGGACCCACCUCUGGACAGCUGGGGCCGACACAAAGGAUGCCCUGCAUCCUUCACGUCCAGGGGUUUGUUGGAGCGCUCCUUUUCUCUAUGGAGACCCAGACCACUAUUGGUUACGGCUGGCGCUGUGUUACCGAGGAGUGCCCUGUUGCCGUGAUAACAGUGGUGAUACAGUCCAUUAUAGGAUGCAUCAUUGACUCUUUCAUGAUUGGCACCAUCAUGGCCAAGAUGGCUCGGCCAAAGAAAAGAAACCAAACCCUCAUGUUCUCCAAAAACGCCGUCAUUGCUCUGCGUGACGGCAAGCUGUGCCUCAUGUGGAGGGUGGGCAACCUGCGGAGGAGCCACAUCGUGGAGGCUCAUGUCCGUGCACAGCUCAUACGUUCAUAUACCACCGCUGAGGGUGAGUUCAUCCCCUUAGAGCAGAUGGACCUUAAUGUGGGCUAUGAUGAGGGCACAGACAGGCUGUUUCUAGUAUCUCCACUGGUUAUAGUCCACGAGAUAGAUAAAGACAGCCCCCUGUAUACUUUAAGUCGAGCUGAUCUGGAGGCAGAUGACUUUGAAAUCGUUGUGAUCUUGGAGGGGAUGGUGGAGGCUACAGCCAUGACCACCCAGUUCCGUAGCUCCUAUCUUGCCAGAGAGGUCUUCUGGGGUCACAGGUUUGAGCCUGUGAUCUACGAGGACCGGGACCGCUACAAGGUAGACUAUGCUCGUUUCCACAUGACCUAUGAGGUACCAUCAACGCCACAUCUCAGCGCCAAAGAGCUCGAUGAAGCCGCGAGCCGGCCCUCUUCUGCUGCUUCUCCGGCAUCUGCAUGUAGAUCCACAAAAGACUUGCUCCCCAGGUCGCUGAGCGCCUUCUGCUACGAGAACGAGGUGGCACUGAGCUGUGGGGAGGAAGAAGAUGACAUAUUUGACUCCUCUCAGAUUGUAGGGAAGGAGAGAGCAGAGGAAAGAAGGACCUCAGUUUCUGUUGACUUCCAAAACAUGUUUCAUGACACGGCAACCAUGACCUCAGGCAGCCAUAAUGUCAUGUGUGUUCUGGACAUGGACAACAACCAGAUGGAGUUUGACAUCCUACAGACUGCCAUUCCUCUGGAUCCAGUGACCUAUAAGAGUGAGCAAGAGAUCUGAAGAGUGGAAGAGGGGUUGGGUCUACCUCGUCCUUCCUCUUUCACCCAGAAAGUUGGACCUGAAAAGGGAUUUCUUGGUGAUGUCUUCAGCUUUGGUCUGCAUGUACUAGAGCUGAAGCCCCUUUUUUUGCCUUUCCAGUGUUGUUUUAUACUCAUAUUUGUUAGUUUUUCUUCUUGCUGUGAUUAGUCAUGAGGAAAAUUCUCCGAAAUAGCUUUCCACAAAGAGCGGAACAACAAACCACAGUGAUUCUGCAGGCAGUGACAGGCUUUGGGCUCUCAUUUGUUAUGAUUUCAUAACCAAAGGAAAGAAGAACAGCAAAGCUCCAGAAACUUGAGUCAUGUUCUAGAUUGUAUGUAUAUUUUUAGUAGUUCUAAAUGAUCUAUAUCUGAGAAAUAUAUAUUUUUUCUGUGAAUGUGAACAAUAUAUUUUCUGAAAGGAACAGCAAUUCUGAUGUGAUACUAUUCUUUUUUUUUUUUUUAAAAGAAGAUUGAACUCAAGACUUAAAUGGUUAGUUCUAAACAAGAAAACGUUGGACUAUUUAUGCUUGAUAAUAUCUAUGUUCUUCAUGGACUUCAAUAGUCAUCAUUCCCACUAUAGUUCCUUGCUAUUUUCAAAUUUGUGACACUGUCCGUUUGGUUGAAUCUUUUUCUGAAAAAUACAAAAAAAAAAAACCUCCUGUUUCUCAAGGUAUUUAAUAUACUUUAGUAAAAAUCUGUUGUUGAUUUUGCUGUGCAGUACCAACUAAACCAUUCCAAGUGCAAUCAUGAUGUGUAACAGAAAGGCUGAAUGUAAUUACGAUUCCUUAAGACGAUAACUUUUAUCAAAUGUUUAGAUUCAUUGCAAAUUAGAGAGCCAUCACUGCAGUUUAAAUCAUAUGUUAAACCAGAUUUUGUGAAUUUUAAGCGAAUGUGUUGAAAAUAAUUCAGUUUGAUUAGUCUUUUUAGGUCCUAAAAAGAAUCUAACUUUAUUUACUGUAGGUAAAGUAGACGUUAUGUUUACUUGAUGGAUCACUUUAAAACUUCUCUUUCUUGGUUUGUUUCUUGUGGAGGUUGUGGCCUGUGAUAACAGAAACAUUACUGAGAAGUGGCUUUAAUUUUUUUUUUUUUUGCUGUUGCUGUUCGCCAAAUGUCUGGAGUUGGAAAGAGAAGAACACACAGCACCUCUGAUUUAUUAUUUGGAAAGUGGAACAAACAUGCUGCCUAAGUGUACUGUGAUAGUAGGAAGGUGUGAAGCCACUGUGAAGCACAACAGGAAACAAAGGGAUGGAGGUUGUUAAAGCAGUCUGUGGAAACGUGCAAUAAGUCAUUGGGCCUGGACGGAGGAGCGGUUCAUGUGAAACUGUACGUCGUGAAUGGAUUUGCCCUCUUUUUGCAGGGGCAGCGUGCUGAAAGAAGCAAAUGGUAUCAAACAUAACAGAAAUGCACAGGAAAUGCUGACUGAAUCUGGAAUAUUUUUCUGAUGUAUAAUCAAAUAUGGCAAAUCUUACCUGUCUGGUGCUUUAGUCAGACUGAAAACAACAAAUGUUUAAUGCUGUUAUGAUAAAUGAAUGCAUUUCCCUGUAACUUUUAGAUAGAACCAGUAUACCUGCUGCAACUCAAUUUAAAAGACUUUUUUUCCUUCUAUUUUCUCAUUUUGAUUUCAUUAUUUUUUGCUGAUUAUAUGGCUCUAACAGGUGUGUUAUUUUGUCUGUAUUAUUGUGGCUGUGUGAGGCAGAGAGACUGACUACAAAUCAUGUGCAUUUGAACAAUUCAACAGUACUCAAUUUCUAAAUUUUAGCUGUAUAAUUUUCAUUGCAAAUACCCAGUAAUACAUUAAACAUAUGCAAACAGUUUUCUUGUCAAACUUACACUGCCAGCCAAAAAUUAAUAUUAUAUUAGGGUUCACUCUCAAGCAACACAUCUGUUAAUAUAUUAUAAAUACCUGUAAAUGACCUUGGUGUUGAUCUCUGUAAUUUAUCUGACUGAUCACAGUUUUUUGAUACCUGGGUCAAUAUAUAAUUGAAGGACUUUUGAAGUCCAUGAGAUAUAUCUUGAAUACAUUUUUAUUAAAAGUUAAAAAAACUAAUGUUUUUUUAUGUUCACUAUGAUCAUGUCUUUACAAAUUCCAUAAUUAUUUAUUAUGGAAACAAUCACUUAUUAAUAAAAAUGACUGGAUAUCACUAAAAUGUCAACUAAAUAACCAUCUGAGUUUAAAAACAACCACUUUCUAAUUAGCUAAACAAUAAUAAAAUGAGCUUAUUCAAAAAUUGUUUUGAUUGUGUUCUUUUUAUUAAGUUGAGAUAAUCAUGACAGAUUUUUCUUUUUUGGCAAUAUAUCAAAUUUUAUACGGAAAAUAACAAAUUGCAUCUGUGUCCAAGAAAUCACUUUCAGCUAAAUUACUCAUUGCAAAAACACCUCUCAAGGAAGUGUGUUAAUUCCAGAUCACAUGACCUGCUCCACAUGAUGUCAUUUCCUCCUGAAGAAAAGACUGGCCAGACUCCAAGGCUUUCUGAGUUAUUUAAUAUAAAGUAGUGUGUGAGUCAAGUGUGGAUUUAUGGCAUGUCAACAGGUUUACUACAAUAUCUUUAUAAAUAACUUUCAGUUUCAAUUUUACUCAAUUGUAUAUAUAAUAUUUUAGAAGAAUCUUUGUGUAAAAAUGCCAUGUGGUGUUUGGUUAUAGGCGGCCAUGUUGAUUUUAGACCUGAAAACAGCAAAAAUGUCAACUAUAUUAGAAAAAGUCCCACAAUUAUAUAUUGACCCACUUAAUUUCAGUUCAUUUUACCUCCUCACAGUAUCUUAAGUGUCCCAAACACUGAGCUAUUUAUAUGUAAAUUCCUAUAGAAAUUCUCUGUAACAUUCAAUUGUUUAAAGGUCCCAUAUAGUGAAAAUCAUUUUUAUUGUAUUUAGUUGUUAUUACAAACUUGCAUGUGUACAGUAAAUGCUGUUAAGAUGUGAAGACAUUUUCUUCUGACAUUCCUCACUGCACUCACUACUAACCAACAGUUGUCCAGCUAUGUGCUGUCAAUCACAGCAUGUUCUUCCUGAAGGGGGCGGGAACAGCAGCAACUCAUUGGUUUUCAGAGCAAAAUAUCCUGUUUGAACAGCCGUAAAACCAGAAGGUACACAAUCAUGGUGGAAUGAACCACCUUUGGCGGUAUUUUGAGAUGAAAAACACACUUUGGGCACAUAUGAGAAGACCCACAAUAUGGGACCUUUAAUGCUCAGACACUCAUUUGCCUUAUUGUGACUGUACAGUUAUGGCAGGAUCAGAUUUCAUUGGGCUGACAACAUGCUAACUCUGAUGAGAUUCUGAUUAAAAUAUCACACAGACUGGUUUCCUGCCAGAAAGCUGCAACCAAUAAAGAACAAAAGCAGUCCUGAAGAGAUCUGGAGCCUAUCCCAGCUGACAUUGGGCAGGCUAACACAAAUACAUCACAGGGUUAACACAAAUACAAAGACUAUCAUAGCUCCUCACAUUCCCACCUACAGCUCUACUGCUCUCCCAUGCAUGUGUUUGGACUGUAGGAAGAAACUGCACAGAAAUCCAAAACAGAAAUGUGAAAUAAGUGAAGCUGCUAACUUAAGUAUGUCAGAUUUAUUUUCGAUCCCUUCCACAAAGUAAAAUUAAGACUAAAAAUAAGAUUCCAGAGCCUUAUUGUGCAUUCUGUCUCUAUGAUGUGGUUCAGUGGUUUCAUUUCAGAGCCAUAUGAUUAGUUUCACCUGCUUGGUGCUCUGACCAUUUGGUGGUGCUUUAUUAGAUUGAAAGAUCUAAUGUUACUAUUAAAGAGAAACAAAUAUGCAGUAUUUCUACAUUUGUUUAAUAUGUUUUCUGCUCCAGGUGACUAUUUAAAUCAAUAAAAUGUCUACAUCUUAUCUCUUUUUAUUGUUAUUAUGUAAUUUUAGAUUAUUCCUAAUGUCUUUACUUUUAAUUUACUGAAGAUUAAAUCAAAAUGUGAAAAUAUACGUUUUGACUGGCAGUGUAUAAAAGGCUGUAUGUGGAUUGUAUACUUCACCAUAAACACAGAAGGGAGCUAAUUUAGCAACAGAUUAAGUAUGUUGAUUCUUCUUGCUUUGUAUAAUCUACUGAUUUUCCCACCCCUGCUUGGCUAUAACACACACUGAGCUAACUAUUGUCCUAACCGAAGUAAGAUGAAGAGACAAAAGCACUUUAUUCUUCCUUGUACACCUUUUGAUGUUGCAAAUAAACACUUAUAUAUG